AGAAGUUAAAGUUAUAAAAUUUUUUAGAUGCGCCGAUCUCGGUUAUUUGUUUGUGCUGACGCUCAAUUUUAAUAAAUAGGAGGCCGCACAACCAGUCGUUAUUUAUUUUCAAAGCAACAUCCCCGGACGCAUUUAAAUCCAACAUUCCAGAAAUUCUGAAUACCAUGCAACAAAGAUACGAUGCAGAGAUUAAGUUUGACUCUAUAGAAGAUGCUCUCGAAGACUUUGCUCAAGGCAAAUUUGUUUUGGUUUUGGACGACGAAGACCGAGAGAACGAAGGAGAUUUGAUAAUUGCUGCGGAAAAGACUAGCACAGAAGAUAUGGCAUUUCUCGUUCGCUAUUCUAGUGGGUACAUUUGUGCCCCUACCACAGUUGAGCGAUUGGAGCAAUUGAAUCUACCUUUAAUGGUGCCAAAGAACACUGAAUUGAUGAGAACAGCUUAUAGUAUUUCAGUAGACUAUCUUAAAGGUACAACCACUGGUAUAUCGGCACAUGACCGAGCUCUGACUGUCAGAAAAUUAGCGGACGCCAGCAGCAAGCCCGAAGACUUCUCCAGACCAGGGCAUAUUUUGCCACUACGUGCAGUUCCCGGUGGCACCUUGAAGCGAUUUGGCCACACAGAAGCCGGUGUCGACCUUUGUCGAUUGGCUGGGCUUGCACCUGUCGCCGUAAUUGGAGAGCUACUCAAGGAAGAUGAUGCAAUGGGUGAUGUAGCUCGACGAGAUGAUUGUGCUUUAUUCGCCAAAAAGCAUGGACUGAAGAUGAUCACCAUUGCUGAUUUGAUCAAGUAUCGCCAACAACACAAGUUUGAAGGCGAUGAUGAAUUGUAAAUGAACAAAUUUCCACAUUACUUCAUUCUCCCAGUGUUUUCUUGCAAAUCCUCUAUUUUCCCUCCUCCCUGCGUGCUGCUGCAUUACUGCCGGCGCAUUUUGCAGCUAGACCUUA